AUGAGUGGAAAUCCGUACGCUACUGGAAAUCCAUACGAGGAAAACUAUGAAAUGGACCAAGUCAACACUAACCAACAUGGUAGUGACGAUUUCGUACAAUUCAUGGGAAGUAUCAAUGAAAUAAACCAAGAAUUAGAUAACUACGAAGAUAUCAUCAAUUACAUCGAUUCUUUACAUAAAAAAUUAUUAAGUGAAGUCAACGAAGACCAACAGCUACAAUUGAGAUCAAAUUUAGAUAAUUACGUCUCUCAAGCUUCUGAUUUACAAUUCACUCUAAAGGAUAAAAUCAAAAAUGCUCAAAGAUUGGGUCUACACGAUCCAAAUAAACAAGCUCAAGCUGAAAACUCAAGACAAAAGUUCUUGAAAUUAAUUCAAGAUUAUAGAAUUAUCGACUCAAAUUAUAAAGAAGAAAAUAAACAACAAGCUAUUAGACAAUAUAAAGUUAUCCAACCAGAGGCAACCGAUGCCGAAGUAGAAGAAGCUAUCACAGAUGUAGGUGGCCAACAAAUCUUCUCACAAGCUUUAUUGAACGCUAAUAGACGUGGUGAAGCAAAGACAGCCUUGGCUGAAGUCCAAGCUAGACAUCAAGAAUUAUUACAAUUAGAAAAGACAAUGGCAGAAUUGACUCAAUUGUUCAACGAUAUGGAACAAUUAGUCAUCGAACAACAAGAAAAUAUCGAAGUUAUCGAUCAAAAUAUCGAAGACGCUCAACAAGAUGUUGAACAAGGUAUUGGUCACACUAACAAAGCUGUUAAAAGUGCAAGAAAUGCAAGAAAGAACAAGAGAAGAUGUUAUAUUAUUUGUUUCCUAAUUGUAGUUGUCAUUGUCGUAGCAUCUGUUGUUCCUUCUGUCGUUGCUACCCAAGUUUAG